UCCAAGUGUGCCGCUAUGGACGCUCCUCUCCCUUCGCCGGCGGAGUGGAGGGACUGAGCGGGGCUGCCCAGCAGCAUCAUGUGCGCGAUCCUCAGCCGGCUCCCACAAGCCGACGUCCUCCGCGAGGCGGGAGUUAGGCUCGCGUGCAAAUCGUGGCGGCGGGCAGCCGUCGAGGAGGACCUGCUGUGGCGGCGCAUCGAUCUCGCCGCCCCCGAGGACGCGGACCGGGACGCCCCGGCGGGAUGGAAGGCAAUGACCCGCGCCGCCGUGGACCGCAGCGCCGGCCGGUGCGAGUCCUACCGCGGCCGCGCCGACGCCGACUUCCUCAUCUAUCUCGGCGACAGCGCGCCGUCGCUGAGGAGCCUCCAUGUGACGAGCUCGCUCUACAGGGGUGAGGGAGACCUAGUCACGGCGGCGAUCAAGAAGCUCCCGCUGCUGGAGCAGCUGGUGCUGUCGCGCGGCAUCGUGAAGAAGGAAUGGCUGGUGGCCCUCCUCGAGCACUGCCCGCGCCUCGAGCUGCUCGACGCCGGCGGCUGUGUGGCCCUUGAGUUGAUCGGCAAGAGGCUCGUGGAGAGGUGCGAGAGCAGGAUCGGUAAGGGACUCCGGUGGCCGCAACGGGGUGAUGGCGUGUGCCCUUGCUGCGCCAUGCGUGCUCAGAUAUACGUCGAUGAACACGACGAGUGAGCGGUUUUGGAUCCAUCUUUAGGUUUUGAUGAUUACUUUGAUCCUUUGUUGUUAUUUUACUUUCGACCACACAUUGAAAUAAUGGAGGCACAAAUCCAGUCACGCCUCAAAGUGUCAUUUUUUUUAGUAGCUCAAAGUGUUAAUUAUGAAGGCUCGGAGCACAAGUGAGACACAAUUUUCGGAUGUGCACACUUGCACAUCGUUCG